CCUCAAGCCAGUAUACUGGCAACUGGGAAACUUGCAACGAGAAAGAGGAGAGAAAAUGUCGAGGCCAACUUUUGUGAGUCAAGUGUCUACUGAUCCGUUUGUACCAGCCUGGUUGGAUCAAAAGGAACUCGAACGUGUGAUUAUUCAAGAUCUGCCCGAAUUCCAAAAGAUUGAGAGCAUAAGCAGUAGAUCCGAGCAAUCGGCAUUACGAGUGCUAGUUCAAGCCAAAUUAAGAUCAAACGGUGUCCGUACCCUUAACUACCUGGUCAAGUCUCCAGCUGUUUCCAAGGCCGAUGAACUCAUUUUACCCUUUGAGAAGAACUUUAAGGUGGAGUUUCUUAUGUACGAUAAGAUAUUGCCAGCUCUGGAAGAGCUCUACAAGGAUGUGGGCAAGAAUAUUGUGUUCACACCCUAUCGAACUAGUUUGCAGUCCAGCAACUGUCUUUACUUGGAAUAUUUGCAAUCUAAGGGUUAUAGAUUGGCCAAUCAACCGAAUGGUCUGGCCCAACCUGCCAUAGAGAUUGUGCUAUCAAAACUAGCAGCAUAUCAUGCAGCAACAGCGCGUUAUCUAGAAGCCAACCCCGCUCAGAUAAGGGAAUUGCCAAAGCUUGAAAAGAAACCGAAAUCAUCGAAUGAUAAGGUUGAAAAAUUGAAAAGCUUAUUGCAAACCAAAUUUCAUGAGAGCUUGCGAUCGAAUAAUGUAAGGGAAUAUGAGGAUAAAGUGAAAUCCUAUCAAAAAUCUCUUAAUGAAAAUAAUGACUUGUUGGACUUCAAAUCCUCAUUUAAUGUCAUUCUUAAUGGAUCCUGUUGGCCAAACAAUUUGCUAUAUAAUGGCGAUGCUUUUGGCCAUUUUAAGGAGAUACUUUUCAUUGAUUUUCAUUACUCAAAGUAUGGGCCAGCUGUGUAUGAUCUAUUGAAUUUGCUAUUGACAGCUCCUGCUGAGAAAUCGAGGUAUUUUGAUGCCAAUGUGAAAUACUACCACGAUCAGCUGAUUGACAACUUGAAAGCUCUCAAGUUUCGUGGCAAAUUGCCCACACUGACCGAAUUGCAAUUGGAUUUAUUGAAAUUUGGACAUUGGGCCUUUGAGGUUUCAACUGAAAUACUGCCAAUAGUUCUAUCUGAAUUCCAUACCAAUGACAUCGAUGAGUUAUUCAAGAGUUCAAAAUUCUCUCAAGAGAUACAGGAACUUUUACCUUGGCUCGAGAAUCGUGGAUACUUUGAGGAAGAUUGAGCACGCAAAUAAAUGCACAAAUCAUUAUCAGACAAAUAAUUAAUGUUUAUAUAUUCACUAUAGUUUAUGGUGAUAAUUCGAAAUGUUUGCUGAGCUAACA